AUGCUCGUGCGAGCCACAGGGGGAGCCCGAGAGCCUCCCUUGCUGCGGUGCCUCCAGCAAGGUAUCCUGAGCCAAGUAAAGGUUCUUCCCUGGAGGAGCAGGCAACAGAAGCUCCUGCUACACAACAUGGAGUCCCAGGACAGGUGGGGCAAGGGGUCCCUUGGCAGCUUGACUCAUGGCAACCAAAUGUUGAGCAUGAACUUAAAGAGUGAAGAUGAGGAUGGUGGGGAGGCAGGAGACACAGGGGACACUAGUGAGCUGGCCCCUCCAAGGGGCAGCUCCCCAGUAACUCACCAUUAUCCUGACUUGCAGUGGCAGAGUCCAUCAUGCAAGGAGGAAGAGACAUUCUCUGAUCCUGUUAGUGCUGGGGACAUGGGGGACAAACCUAUAGAGAUGCCUGGAAAGACCAGCUGGGAAAGAGAGGAGUCAAAGAUUCCUCCGACUCAGGAGUCUCCAGAAGCAGGCACAGCUCUGGGUGCCCCUCCUAGGGACCUCCACUCACACAAGUUGCUAGGUCGUUUGCAAUCUCCUAAAGACUCACUACCUGUGGGCGACGAUGGAGUCUCCCAGGCAAACCAGGACACAUCGUUGGACGUCCCAUCCAGCUUCCUGGACACUGGAGAGUAUUUCUGUGCACCAAAAGGUGUAGACACAUCUCCAGACAACUCCUCUCCUGAGUGCUUCCCCGGAACAGGUAGCAGUUGGGACCUCCCCACGCAGGACACACACACAGCGGACCAGGGAUCAGCCACUCCAGCCUGUCUGGCAAUAGCAGUGUUGGCAAAAGCGCGGAGCAGCAGAAAAGGCCAGAACGCAGCUGUUGAGUCAGACCUUGGGCAGGCGGAGGGGCAUCCCUACAAAUGCCUGGGGGGCGGCGAGGCCCUCCAGAAGCCCCGAGAACUGUCGGGCGCUGCAGGACACGGCAGCGCCAAGCCCUACUCGUGUGAGCUGUGCGGAAAGACCUACUCCCACCGGGGCACGCUCCAGCAGCACCGGCGCCUGCACACUGGCGAGCGGCCUUACCGGUGCCCCUUCUGCGACAAGGCCUACACCUGGUCCUCGGACCACCGCAAGCACAUCCGCACCCACACCGGUGAGAAGCCCUACCCAUGCCAAGACUGCGGCAAGGCCUUCGUGCGCUCCUCGGACCUGCGCAAGCACCAGCGCAACAUGCACAGCAACAAUAAGCCCUUCCCGUGCUCCGAGUGCGGCCUGACCUUCAACAAGCCGCUGUCGCUGCUGCGCCAUCAGCGCACGCACCUGGGCGCCAAGCCCUUCCGCUGCUCCGCCUGUGACCGGGAGUUCGCGGUGGCCAGCCGCAUGGUGGAGCAUCAGCGCGUGCACUCAGGCGAGCGGCCCUUCCCUUGCCCCACCUGCGGCAAGUGCUUCACCAAAUCCUCCAACCUGUACGAGCACCAGACACUGCACACAGGUCAGAGGCCCUUCAAGUGCGCAGACUGCGGCGUGGCCUUCGCGCAGCCCUCGCGCCUCGUGCGCCACCAGCGCAUCCACACUGGUGAGAGGCCCUUCCCUUGCACACAGUGUGGCCAGGCCUUUGCUCGUUCCUCCACCCUGAAGAGGCACCAACAGAUUCACUCUGGAGAGAAGGGUUUCCUGUGUGCCGAGUGCGGCAGGGCAUUCCGCAUCGCCUCAGAGCUGGCUCAGCACAUCCGGAUGCACAAUGGGGAGAGGCCCUACCAGUGUGAGGACUGUGGUCAGGCCUUCACCCGUUCCAACCACCUCCAGCGACACCGAGCCAAGCACGACACCUGCAAAAAGGAGGCCAUCCCUUCCUCCUCUGAUGAGUGA